AUGAGUUACGGUCGCAAGUUUAGGUCAAGAAAGUUAGCGAAUCCUAUUCCGGAUCCCACUUCUAAUGAGGAUUCAGAUAUUGAUGCGCCAGUUGCAUUGAACUUCAAAGAUGUCGAGGAGGAGAGAAUUAAAAGGGAGAAAAGUAUAAAGUCAGCUAUUCUUGCUUCAAAAAAGAAAGGCAAAGAAAAAUUGAAAUCCAAAAAUGAGUCGAAGAAAUCCGUAUCAUUCUCACUUCACACUGAAUCAAGUGACAAGGCAUUAAAAUCCUCCGAUAAGGAAGAAAGACUUGAAGAAUUUGAUAAGAUGGUUGGCGAUUUUGAAUCUGGGGAUCUUAACGGCGACGACAAUGAUGAUAUCGACCUCAAUGAAUUCUUGAAUAACUCCAAAGAGAAAACGGCAAAGAAGUCUUCACAUAGUGCAGAUUUUUCUAACGAAUUUGGCUUGGCAGAUACAUUUGACUUUAGGAAAUAUCUUCCGAAGAGUAUUUUGAAUGAAUGUGGUAAUGAAGUAGACGUAGACAGCGAGUCGGAUGAAGAGCUGGCCAAUGCUUUCAUAGAAGGAAAUUAUCAAGAGGCAAGCGGUCCUCUUGAAUCGAGGUCAACAUUUUUUAUUGACUUGCUAUUUACUUUUCGAGCAGAUUCUGAUGAUGACGAUGAGGAGCCGAAAAACAAAAAGUUGAAGGCGAAGGAGAAAAAGAAGAUUCACGAAUCUCAUCCUAUCCCUGCGCAACUCCAACCCGCCGGUGUGAGAAAGCGUGGUAGACGUGGUGGUCGUCGUCUUCACAAGAAGUAUUCUACUGCUCCACUGAUUAUCAUUCCGAGUCGACAGAAUACUGCUUCUAUGAUUCGCAAAAGAACCGAAGCUUUCAUUAAGGAACGUCUUUUUGGUGCUUCACCGAAAAUAAGAGGACCCAGGCGAUAUACCGGAAAGGAGGAGAUUGCACGUGUUAGUCUUCAGUCUAGAGCCCGCAGAUUGUAA